AUGCGAUUGAGUAUGAUGCCGACAACAAAGAAAAAACUGGGAUCAAUCGGUCUGUUUAUGCGCCAGGCCGACGGGACCAUCAGUGGCCCCGGCAGCAGCCCCCGGGCAGGCGUAGUGGGCCUUCCUGCAACGCCUGCACCCGUUAGCCAGGCGACAACCCAGCACUCGCAACUCCCGGUCCCCCAGCUGCAGCCCCCACCAGAAAUCAUCGCCGCUCGGCAGGAACGAAAGCUCCCCGACACGCCCGCGACUGCCAGGUCAAUACCAGUGCCCAGGGCCGGUCGACCUGGAAACGCGGCCGCAUCUCAGCCAACCGCGUCCAUGAGCCUGCCCACCCAGCAUUACCACCCGAUGCAGCGCACGCGGACGUCGGCCUCGGACACGGCGCGCGAAACCCAGCGCGGCCACAACGCGUGGGAGGACUCGACCGUCGCCUCCAUGUUUGGCGACAGCGAGAGCAGGGCUGCGUCGGAGAGGCUGCGUGUGCCCCAGAUAGGCCACGGCCGCCACCACAGCGAUGCUCCCCAGCUCCAGUCCCAGCCGAGGCCACACCAAGCUCCCCAACCCGCCCAGCCCGCUCGCACCCAGGCCAGGCACGACGAAAACCUGCCGUUUGUUAUUGGCGAGAACGGCAUCCUCAAGGUCAUCCCACCGCCCAGCACCAGCAAGGCGCCCGAGGCACCUGCUGGUUCUCCCCCGGCCACCAAUGCCACGCCGGGUGGUAUUUUUGACGACCAGAGCGUCAAGCUCUCCGACGACUUAUAUCAUGAAGCGCGCCAGCCCUUCGAGACCCCCACCAGGACCAGCGGGCUGAGGAGAACCAAGCUGGCGUAUCGAGACAACCGCGAUCUUAAGAGCAACGCAUCGUCAGACCGAAGUGGCCCCAACUGCUCGCCAGAGUCACAGAGCCUGAAUCUGUCGCCCGAGAGACAGGCGGAGGCAGGCAAUCACAUCGAGAAGAUCAGACUACAGGAGCGGCUCAAGCGCGACCGCGAGCGGCAGCGUGAGCGUGACCGAGAGCGAGAGCGCGAGAGGGAACGGCAGCGCGAGCAGGAGCAGGAACGGGAGCGGGAGCGGGAGCGAGAGCUCCAACACAAGCGGUCGACCGUGUUUGAGAACCUGACGCCACUCGAACUCGAAGACCUCGACUUCGACGACACCAAGGCGGCAGUCGUCUCGUCCAGCACCGGCGUCGACCCGGAGGCGCUCAAGGAAGCGCUGCAGCGCACGCCGCGGGCAAGCCGCCCGCCCCAGCCGCAGCCGCAGCCGCAGCAACAGCUGUUCCCGCCGCAGAACAAGCUCCUCAGCGAAGUCCCAGCGCCGCUGGGGCGGACAGGCAGCCGCCGCCUCCGAGAGCCGUCGCAGGACGCGGCACCCACCACGUCCACAGCCACGUCGCGCAAGCGCCGCCAGAGCCUCGACUACAACGACGCCGAGCUGCACGCCAUGAGCUACUCGGAGCUGCGCAGCCAGGCCUUCGACUUCGACCCGCAGGCGGCGGCGCUGCAGCAGAGCGCGCUGCCGCCGGCGGGCGGCAGCAUCGAGGAGCGGCUGGAGCACUACCGCGGCAAGGGCAGCCUGGACCAGCACGAGUUCUUCGCGCGCCUGUCGGUGGACGAGUGGGACGAGGCGGGCGACUGGUUCCUCGCCCGCUUCGGCGACGUCGUGCGGCGGCUCAAGCAGGCCCGCCGCGCCAAGCGGCUGCUCGUCCAGCGCUUCGAGGCCGAGAUCGCCGCCCGCGAGGAGGCCGUGCGCGCCAAGAUGGAGGGCAUCGCGCGCACCCUCGAGGACCUUAAGCAGGAGGGCCAGAGCAUGAUGCAGGGCAAGGAUGUGGAUGUCGAGUUUUGA